GGCUCGUUCCCCGCUGUUGCUGCACUGAACCAACUUCGCUCCACGAGACACCAUGCGUCCAGCUCGUGAAAGCCAUGGUUUUUGAACGAGCUCACGCUGGCAAGGCAUGCACUCUUUGGAUUCGCUGAUUCAGAAAUGCACCUCUCUCCCCCGCAUCAAGCAGCUCCAAGCCCAUCUGUUGAUCACUGGCCAGUUCCAGUCGACGAACGCCCGCACGAAGCUCGUCGAGCUCUGCGCAAUUUCGCCUUCCGGCGACCUCUCUUUCGCGACCCGCGUUUUCUACUGCAUCCAUCGCCCCUCCACGAACGACUUCAACGCCAUUCUCAGGGGCAUCGCCCAGAGCCCGGAACCCGCCAAUGCCGUUUCUUGGUAUCGCUCCAUGUUGCGCGACUCUCGCAGGGUCGACGCGCUCUCUUGCUCCUUCGCGUUGAAGGCUUGCGCGCGCGCUCUCGCGAUCUCCGAGGCCAUUCAGCUGCAUUCCCAAGUGGUGCGUUUCGGCUUUUGUGCGGACGUGCUGUUGCGGACGACUCUGCUCGACGUGUAUGCGAAGGGUGGCCAUCUCGAUGCUGCGGAGAAGGUGUUCGAUGAAAUGCCUGUGAGAGAUAUUGCCUCGUGGAACGCGUUGAUUUAUGGGCUGGCUCAGGGCCAUCGACCCUCUGAGGCUAUAUCUUUGUAUAAGAGGAUGAAAGAGGAAGGAUUGAAGCCUAAUGAAGUAACGGUUAUUGGUGCUCUCUCCGCGUGCUCGCAGCUGGGAGCCACGCGAGAAGGUGGUAGGGUUCAUGACUACAUAAAGGAGGAGAAGCUUGAUCAGAACGUCCAAGUUUGCAAUGUUGUUAUUGACAUGUAUGCCAAAUGUGGGUUUGUUGAUAAAGCUUAUGAGGUUUUUGAUGGUAUGAGGUCCAGGAAGGGUCUUGUUACAUGGAAUACCAUGAUCAUGGCAUUUGCAAUGCAGGGUGAUGGAUAUAAAGCUAUUGAGCUUUUCAAGCAGAUGGGUCAAGCUGGGGUUGAACCUGAUGCAGUAUCAUUCCUUGCUGCUUUAUGCGCGUGCAACCAUGCGGGGUUGGUGGAAGAGGGGGUUAGGUUGUUUGAUUCAAUGAAGGAAUGUGGAGUAGUUCCAAAUGUGAAGCAUUAUGGUACAGUUGUUGAUUUGUUGGGCCGAGCUGGACGUAUUAGAGAGGCAUAUGACAUUAUAACAUCUAUGCCGAUGAUGCCGGAUGUGGUAUUCUGGCAGAGUUUGCUUGGUGCUUGCAAGACUUAUGGAAAUGUGGAGAUGGCAGAGAUUGCCUCACGGCACCUUCUAGAGUUGGGGUCCAGCGGUUGCGGUGACUUCGUGUUAUUGUCCAAUAUCUAUGCAGCUCGUGCAAGGUGGGAUGAUGUUGGUAGGGUGAGAGAAGCUAUGAAAAGUAGGGACAUAAAAAAGGUGCCUGGUUUUAGCUAUAUUGAAGUGGACGGUAAAAUACACAAGUUCAACAAUGGAGACCAAGGCCAUGAAAGUUGGCAAGAGAUAUAUAGGAAGCUAGAGGAAAUUAGAUUCAAGAUUACAGAUCAUGGUUAUGUGGCAGGGACUGAUUUUGUGUUGCAUGACAUUGGUGAUGAGGAGAAAGAGAAUGCCAUAUGUUACCAUAGCGAAAAACUGGCUGUUGCUUUUGGUUUGAUUAGUACAGCUGAGGGGACCCCUAUUCAAGUAAUAAAGAACCUAAGAAUAUGUGGUGAUUGUCAUACUGUGAUAAAGCUUAUAUCGAAGAUAUACGAUAGGGAAAUCAUCGUGCGAGAUCGGUCCAGGUUUCACAGAUUCAGAGAGGGAUCUUGUUCUUGCAGAGACUACUGGUGAAAUUGAUUUGCGGGAGUAGUCAAACUUGAAUUCGUACUAGCCAGUUAAUUGCCAAAGCAUCCAGUGAAAUAUUGAGGAACAGGUUACAAGCUAUGUUUGUAGAAUUUCCAAUCCAAGCUCGAGUUUCAGCAAUAUACGGGAUUAAACCUGGUAUUGCCCUUGCAUGCAAUGGCUGAUUCUUGUGGACAUUCAAGCUGCAAUUUGUGGUGCCUUAUUCCCAUCGCACAAAAAUUAUAAUGCAGCUCAUCUGGAAGUUGUCCAAGAAUAAUGGUC